CAUGAAAGUGGCUGUGUGUGUGUCAUGGAUUCAAGACUUCACCAGAACAUUUGCGCCCCCCAUAUCCUUUGGUGACAUUCAAGGUCACAAAUUGAAACAAAAGAAGCCCAUGGCCACAAAUCAGAUUGGGCCUGUUGCGCGGGCCUGGUACAAGUGGAAAGCUCUCCGCUUGCCAUGGCGCAAGCGCUUCCUCGUGGGUUACGACCUUCAAGGUAACACGUACUGGGAAUUUCGACUCACGAGAGGCGCUGAGAGUAAUGAGCGCUGGCGAAGAAUUGUUAAAUACCCGCGAUCAACACACUACUCUUCCGUAAAGGUCAGCCCACAAUGGCACCAAUGGCUACGGCAUACACGAGAAGAACCUCCAAGCAUCGAGGAACAACACAGCGAUGUUUUGCGCCGGGUGAGGAUGCAGAAGCUUGCUGCUGAGGCGGAUGCUCGAUGGGAGGCCAAACCGCGAGUUAUGGAGGCGCCACAGGCUGCGCCGGCACCGUUGCUUUCACCGGCGAAGGCUAGUCCUUUACAACAAGACGCCAGGAGUGGUGAGCAGACUGACACGGGCGCAAAAAAGACCAAAGAAGAGGCUGAAAAGAAGGAUGAUCCUUGGGCUACGGCCAAGGCUAGAGCACCAGGCGAGACAUGGCAACCAACUUCUUGGAGUCCUACAGCAGCCAAGAAACGUUGAGCAAUAGAGCUUCAGUUAAAGUACUGACCGGCUCAACUGGUCCAGCAAGCCAUGAUUACCAUAUCAAAUGUAGCAACAAUGUACAAGAGUCGCGGAAAGAGACGAAACAGAUUCAACGGCAGAAUCUUGGGUAUCAUCAUUCAUUACGGCAUUAUGUUCAUGCACUGGAUAGUCUAUAAUAUGUACGUUACCACCAGAAAACCAAUAAGAACCAUCGCCCCAUUAACCGUCUCAUGACUCCGCUUCCUGAGAAGCUUUUAAAACUUCCAAAAGCAACCGAAUUCUUUCACCUGAAUUAGUCAGGAUCUCUUGCGCAAGAGCGUCGGCUUCAUCACCCUUAACUUUCCCAGUACGCCUCUUCUUUGCUUUUGCUUCUCGAGCUUUGAUGCCCUUCUCAACAGCCUCUUCAAACUCUUCAGAAUAGACCAUUAGAUCGCAUGCCCAAAGAAGUUGUAUAGCGUCUUCAACGACUAGGGACAAUUUCGCGUUGUCUUCCAGAGCUACGGUAUUCGCCGGAUGAGGGACAAAACACUGUUCUAACAUUGACAAGGUCAAACUUCCCUCUGCGUCACCUUCUGGGUCGACCUUUGAAGGAUCUUUGUACGAUGAUGGUAGUAAUAAAUCGAAUAAUUCUUUGGUGAUGGUAAUAUGUGCUUCAGAUAGAAGGGGAUUUGGUCUCUGGCAUGCAAAAAGAGUAAACAUAGGGAGUGGGAGAAGUUUGAGGGAGGCAGUGUACUCCUCAUAUAAACGAUGAAGCUCGGAAGGCUUUCGGAGUGACCAUGUCACCGCAGAAAGUAAUCUGAACAGACGAAGGCGUAUGUCGACAGACUCGACCAGCCCUUGCGAGUGUACACUUGCUGCGCCGAGUUUUCGCGUGUCCUUAGGCUUUUGAGGCGUUGGUGGUUCAGAAACUCCCGAAGAGAUUGAUUCAUCAUCAAAGUAGUCCCCAAAUUUGUCGUUUUCCAGGUCCAGCACCUGUUCCCGCUUUCGUUUGUUAGACGUCUUGCUCGGGCCUCUGGGUUCCUUAUCAAAAACCUCGCGGAAGGCAGACGACGAUAUCUCGCCUCCAUCGGCAAAUAUGGCUUUGACAAAUCCUUUAGCUCCAUUUUGUCGCCCGUUUUGUUGCUCCAUAUACAUGACAAUGAUGGAUUCAUUGCGUGAUGUACGGGGUAGCUCGCUCUCUGGGCCAUUGGCUAAUUGCGCCUCCUUGUCGCAUCGCUCGCGCUCGUUCCAGUCGGCCUCCAAGACAUCCAACAUCAACUCUAGCCAGGCUUUCCAGUAUUGCCAUCGCUUCGGAUAUAACGUGCUGCAGUUGAAUGCCCAACCAAUGGUUGACCAAAAGUCUUGUCCACGGUUCCAUAUGCUACCGUCGUUGGCAAGUUUGCCUCGAAGUCGUUCGUCGUCGCCAUUUGAUUCCGUGUCUGAUAUAUCGCUAUCGUUUCCCUGUCCAUAUUGAUCCCAGCGGCGACCUGAGCGUGGUGUAGAGCUGAAUUGGAAGGCUGUUCUGAGAUCGGCAUUAAUGGGACCGGCAACUAGAAGAAUAUUGCGCAAAUAGUCGAGAGCCUGUGAGGCAACGUCAAGCUGGUCUUUCUUCUCCGCACGGGUGGUGUGGAGAGGAUGAAUAACAAGAGUAUUUAAUAGAGCGAGAUGGCUUGGAGGAGGGACAAGGACGUGCUUCUUCGAAGGAGUGUGCUUGGAUAUGCCAGAGGCGGCAAUGCUGUUGAGGAGAUUGAUCGCGGAACCAUCUAUCGAGCUGUAAGUGUAAGU